ACAGUGCUUUCAUUAAACUACAGCUUGGUACAAGAGCCAUGGCUGCCAGGGAUACUGGUACCAUGGAACAAAAUGUGGACAUACAAAAGCAUCUUUCUGUGGGCAAAAACCCUCGCGGUAUACCCACGGCCACCUUUAUCCCGCCACAACCCCUUUCUACAACGCGCUUUCUCACCUGUGCGCAAAAGGAGGACGUGGGAGCCUUUCUACAGACCUUGGGGGGAGUGCCAGUGGAGACUGCGAUCGGGGCUUUCAAUGAACUUUACGGCAAAUGUAAAACUUUAGAGAAUAGCUUGGGCCGCGUCAAAUUAUCUAUGAAGGCCAAGAUACCGGAGAUUGAAAAGACAUUGGAACUCGUUCACGUCCUCGAAGGAAAGCAAGCAGAGGGGGAGGCCCUGACUACUCACUACAAUUUAGCUGAUACUAUCUAUGCAAAGGCUGAAGUUGCCUGCCACGGCCGUGUAUGCCUCUGGCUGGGCGCGAAUGUCAUGUUGGAAUACUCCUAUGAGGAGGCCAAAGGAGUUCUGGAAACAAGUCUAAGGAAUGCCAAGGAAAAACUGUAUGGCUUUAUCAUAUGCCUUAAUCCGUCCUCCUUUCUCAACGCCUUCUUGUUUAGAAAACAACGAAUGAAGAUUUGGAACAUCUGA